GAGAAGAGUAAGGAGCGUAUUGUCAUACGCCCGGGUAGAGCCGUUCCUUACUGCUACGACAACCCAGUGGCCAAACCAGUGUUGCAGUGGCGUGUGCUGCGGACGAAGAAGUGGGUGACGGUGGACAUGGGUCUGGUCAAGCGAGAAUUCACCAUGCACAAAGAGGGUGACCGUGAGCGCAUCCUGCAGAGUAUACCGUUCCCCGAUGGUCCUACCCGAAUUCUGGUGAUAACGGACCAGACCCGCAUGAUCAAUACUAUUCUGGAUAGCUUUGCCUCGAGCAUUUCCUCAGCCACAGAGUCAACGGCACCCACAUUUGAACUACACCUCAACUGCGUGGGCAUGGGUGUGAGUUUCGUAGCAAGCAAACCCAUGGAGAUCAUAUACAUGCAG